GGGGGGGCCCGGCCGGUUCUGCUGCAGCCUCAGGGCCAUCGCGCCUGCGAGUGACUUUUCCCUCAUUAUCCGCAAAAUGCAUGUUAAGGUCGACACCCCUGCAUAUGCCAACGAAGAUUAACAGGAGCGUGGGCGUUACAUCAUCCCACCAAGCGCUUUACACCUCCCCAUACAUGCGGGACGUGGGGCGAGCUGGGGCAGGGACGCAAGGAAAGCGCGUAUAAAUGGAGUGGGGGUGAGGAGUGAAAAAGAAAACCAAAACCCCACGGAAGAGGUAGAAAGAAGAAAGGAGGAGGUGAAGAAGUGAAGGAGACGGCGGCAUCCCUGCCAAACUCGGACGGGACCGACGCAGCCCCGGGGCCGGGGAUGCGGAGCAGUGACUUGAGCUGAGCGGCCGGUGCGGGAUUUCGCGGCCAUCCCGGCGUGGGGGGAGCGGGGCAGCGCCGGGAUUGCCGCAGCCUCUUUUGGGGGGCACCCCCUCUCCUUCGGCCGUCCCCCCGACUUGCCCCCCUCUCCCCCCGGGCUCCACCGCAGAUGCGGUUCCCCGCCAGCCCCAGGGGCCUCCUGAGCUGUUUGGUGACCCUCCACCUCCUCCGGCUAGGAUCAGAUGGCUUCACAGUAGAGGGACCAGUCUAUCCUAUCGUUGCCAUCGUGGGGCAGGACAUCGUGCUGCCGUGUCACUUGCCCUCACAAGAGGACGCUCGGUCCUUUGAGAUCCAGUGGACCCGGCACCAUUUCUCCGAAAUAGUGCACCACUACCGCAACGGCGAGGACCAGUAUGGGGCACAGCUAAAGGAAUAUCAUGGGAGGACAGAGCUGGUCAAGGAUGGUCUCUCCACUGGGAACCUGGACUUGCGAAUCCGUGGGGUGAGACCCUCUGACGAUGGCCAGUACUUCUGCACCGUGCAAGACGCUGCCUCUUUCGGAGAAGCCACCGUGGAGCUGGAGGUGGCAGCCACGGGCUCUGUCCCUCAGCUCUCUCUGGAGGCUUACGGGGACGGAGGCGUCCGCGUGCUGUGCCGCUCGGCCGGCUGGUACCCGCAACCGCAGGUGCUGUGGCAAGAUCCCAGCGGGCAGCAUCUGACCUCGGUCGCCCAGAGACGUUCCCCUGAUGAGCGGGGCCUGUUUGGCAUCGAAGACGUCACCGUCGUGACCGGGAAUGGAGCCAGGACCUUCUCCUGCGUGGUCAGGAACAGCCGCCUCAACCAGGAGCGGGAGUCGUCCCUGCGCAUCUCGGCUCCCUUCUUCCACAAUGCCCAUCCCUGGAUGGUGGCUCUGGGUGUGCUCCUCGUGCUCCUGGUCGCGUUCACAGGCCUCAGCGCGUACCUGUGGAGAAGGAAAGGUAAGUUUGGGCUGGGGGGAUGGCGGGGAAGGGCUCGGUGCGGCGUGAGGCUGAGCCCUGGCCCACGGGCACACAUGGCACCAGCCCACAGCUGUGUCAGCACAGCGCUUUGUGCCUUCCUUAAAAAGCUCUUUGGGCAAAGUAGGGAAGGGGAAAGGGAGCCGGGCUGUGGGCGGGAGCCCAGGGAGCACAGCCGGCCCGUCUGGACGGUGGGAUGGGCCAAGAGACUCCCUGGAGGUGCCACCAGGGAUGAAGCAAGCUGCUCCGCUGACCACCUCUUCCUCUGCCUUUGCUUUCCAGUGGUGCAGUCCAGAGAGCUGGAACAACGAGAUGAAGAACUGGAACAACGAGACGCAGCACUGGAACAACGAGACGCAGCACUGGAACAACGAGACACAGAACUGGCCUGGAGAAAGUUCCUGCUUCCAGAAUAUCCAGAUGUGGUCACCCUGGAUCCAAACACGGCUCAUUCCCGACUCGUCCUGUCGCCGGAUGGGAGAAGUGUCAGUUUGGGAACUUCACAGCAGGAUCUGCCUGAUCUCCCGGAGAGAUUUAGCAACUGGUGCUGCGUGCUUGGCCAGGAGGGGUUCCGGGACGGGAGGCACUGCUGGGAGGUGGAGGUGGUGGGGAAGGUGGGGGGUGACGCAUGGUGGGGUGUGGGGGUGGCCAAGGAAUCUGUGGACAAGAAGGGGUAUGGGUGCCUGAGCCCUGAGGAUGGGGUCUGGGCGCUGUGGCAUUGGAAAAACCUUGAGUCUCUCACCAAUCCUCCCACGGUCCUGUUCGUGUCCCCGCUGCCCAGGAGGAUCUGGGUCUGUCUGGACUGCACCCAGGGGCUGGUGACUUUCAUCAAUGCCGAGAACGGGGCCGAGCUCUUCACUUUCCCACCGACCUCCCUCAGUGGGGCGCGCCUCCGCCCCUGGUUUUGGCUGCAGACAGCAAACACAACGCUGCGCCUCAGGGGCAGCUCCCCCCAGCCCGUCUGACCCCCCCCUCCCAGCCCCCCAGGAGAUCCUGCCCUUCUCCAGACGCUGCCCGCUCUCCUCUCCUCCGUCCCACGUUGUGCCCUGAGCAAGCCCGGGGGAGCAGAGGGGCAUUGAGGGGCCGGGGGCUGCUCUGCGGCACCACAAACACCAUUUUUUUUGGGUCGGAUCAGAUAUUUUGGAUAUGUUCUGGGUGCUGAGCAGCUCUUCUCUCCGUUAUACUACGUGUGACCUGCCCUGGCGCAGCAGGAUUGGUAUCAAUAAAUUUUUGCACGUGUCUGUG